AAAUGCUAGAAAUUCGUGGAAGGUGGGCCUUCAGACGAAUCAGCUGUCAAAGGGCACAGAGGGAUAAAGCUCAUUUACUACCAUUAAAAAACACUGUACUGUAAGUCAGGAGAGGAAACAGGGAAAAACCCCACCAACACUGGCAGGACAAGCUGCUGUAUAUAAACAGGGAGCAAACCCCACCCUCACCAGCACUGAAGAUGUGACCUAGUCGGGCAAUGAAUCGUCUGCAAGCAAACCGCCAAGCUCAGAGAGCACCAAGGGCUCCACAGGACACAAACAGCCCAGAGCUGCUCCUGUCUAACAACCAACACCCAAAGAAGCAGGAAACAGCACCAGAUGAACAAUCAGGGAAGAAGCAAUACCCUAAUGAAGGAACCACGAGGAGGAAGGGACAUCCCCACCAAGGCUGGCAGCUUUUCCUGGACGAUGCCAAAGUCAAGAACUUCAUCACAUGUUUCAAAGACAAGCAGUUCCUGGUCUUCUUCUUCCAGCAGCUCAAGCUGAACCGGAGCGGGCGCUAUGAGGACUCCUUCCCUUACCUGUCGCCCUGCGGCCGGGAGCACAACUACGUCCGCUGCGACGACCGGCCCGUUGUCUUCACCCACCUCUUGGAAGGGCCGCCGGGCCAGCAGCUGCUGUCUUUCUGCGGGGGCGCGGACAGGCUGGCCCUGCCCUUCCAGCCCGAGAAGCUGGUCAUGCUGCCCGAGAACGGGCGCGUCUAUCACCCAGGGCCAGAGAAGGCCGGUGGGGUGGGCCUGGUGAAGUCGGCCUUGGCCUUUGAGCUGAGCCCUUGCUUUGAGUACCAAGAGGGCCCUGGUCAGCCGCCCACCCAUUUCCGCUGGCAGGAGGUGAGGCACGCCCUCACCAAUGAGCUCCUGCGGUUGAUCUGAGGCCACGCAAAGGAGCGGGUCCAAGCCAAUGCUGGAGGUCUUCCUGCAGCCCACUUGGGAAUCCUUGCCUUGGCAGCAACUAAGCCACAAAGGGGCACCUCCUGCCCUGGCACCUCCUUCCUGCCAUUCCAGGUGCCUUGUUUAUCCAAGCAGUCCAUCCCAAGAAGACGGCUGAAAGCUGCUGUCCAAAACCCCGUUAUGGGAAGGAUCUUGGACACAGUCUCUUGGAAUAAAAUCAUUUUACGA